UUCUAGUGUAAACACGAUAGUGUUUUUAUAAUAGUAUUGUGAGUGCAAGUGGCGGACGUUUUCGCAAUGCGGGCGUUGAUCUUCUGUGUGCUUCUGGGCUGGUGCUGGGCGCGGCCCCAGAGCCAGGAUGAGACGGCGGCGCAGUGGGUGGAGAACAUCUUCCUCAAUUUCACCGGGGAGACUAAUCCGGCAGCGCCAGAAGUCAACCUGGAUCCUGUGACGCCGGACAACGAGGUGUCGUGUAUGACGGAGAACAACGAGCGGGGCGUGUGCACCAUCUACUACCUGUGCGACCCCGACUCCCGGUCCAUCAUCACAGAUGGCACCACACUUAUCGACGUCAGGGAGCGAACCUGCCCUCACUACUUAGAGGUAUGCUGUCUGGAGACCAAGCGGGUGAGCGAGGCGGAGGCGACUGGCAACAGGAAGGAUCAGACCACGGCCAAGCCGGCCGGUAUGGGCGACCGCCUGACCACGUCGGGGAUGGUGCCCACACCCAAGCCGGCACUGCAAUCUCAAGCCAAGGCGGCAUGUGGCUGGAGCGGCGCGCUGACUUCGAUCUUCUCGCCGGCGGCCAACAACGACAACCGCGUCCUCGCAGACUUCGGCGAGUUCCCCUGGAUGGUCGCCGUGCUCGUCAAGCGCAGCUCGUCGGUGUGGAACCAGGACGACUACCGCGGCGGCGGCGCGCUCAUACACCCCGCCGUGGUGCUGACCGUCGCACACAUCGUCAAGGAGGUCAACCAGACGCUGAAGUGCCGCGCGGGGGAGUGGGAUACGCAGACAACGCGCGAGCAGUUCCCGUUCCAGGAGCGAGACGUCGCCGACAAACUCAUACACCCCAAGUACUUCCGACAGUCGCUGAAGUAUGACUUCGCGCUGCUGUUCCUGGCGAGCGAGUUCUCGCUGUCCCAGGCGCCGCACAUUGGCGUCGCGUGCGUGCCGCGUGCGCUGCCCGCACCCGACACACGUUGUUUCGGCAUGGGCUGGGGGAGAUACCCCAAUAAUGACACCUACGCCGUUGUGCUCAAGAAGGUCCGCCAGACGCUGGUAGAACCGAAGUCGUGCGCGGCGACGCUGGCGGAGUCGUACGGGCCGUUCUACCGCGUGCACAAGUCGCUGACGUGCGCCGUCGGCGUCGACGGACAGGACACCUGCCGCGGCGACGGCGGUGCGCCCCUCGUCUGCCCCGUCGACAGUUCACCAACAGGCGAGCGGCGGUACGUGGUGGCCGGUUUGGUGUCGUACGGCGUCGAGUGCGGGCUGGAGGCGUGGCCGGCGCUGUACGCCAACGUGCCGCACGUGCGCGCCUGGAUAGACGCCGAGAUAGCGAGCCGGGGCCUGCCCGCGCUAGAGAACGUCUGAUCACUGAUGUAACAUGUACUAUCAGAAGUUGAUACUUGGGCAGAUGGCGGACCUAAGUAAUUUGGUC